CGUAACUCCUCUCCAAGUCGUGAUGACUCAUUCACAAUUCCAACUCCUCCUAGCGUGCUCUUGAGGAAACGAUCAUCCUCCUCCUCCUCCUUUCAAUCCGCUCUCUACUCCGAUCUAAAUCGAACCCAUUCCACUCGUUUUCCUCUCUAUUCACGCAUCGUCUCUGUUAGAUUGCUUGAUUCCCAGUUUUACUUGUGAGAUUGAUUUGCAGGAUACGAAGAUGUUGGAAGAUCAAGUAGCGUACUUGUUACAACGGUACUUGGGGAACUACGUUAGGGGUUUGAGUAAGGAAGCCCUUAAGAUCAGUGUCUGGCAAGGAGAUGUGGAGCUGAAAAACAUGCAACUGAAACCAGAAGCACUUAAUGCUUUGAAGUUACCUGUGAAGGUUAAAGCUGGAUUUCUUGGAUCAGUCAAACUCAAGGUACCGUGGAGCAGGCUUGGCCAGGAACCUGUAGUGGUUUAUCUUGACCGAAUUUUUGUAUUAGCCGAACCCGCAACUGAUGUUGAAGGAUGUAGUGAGGAUUCUAUCCAAGAGAAAAAAAGAAAGCUAAUACUGGAAAUGGAAACGAAACUAGUAGAAAGAGCUCGUAGACUACAUACGGAAAUGAACAAAUCAUGGAUAGGAUCAUUGGUCGACACAGUCAUGGGAAACUUGAAGCUGUCAAUAUCAAAUAUUCACAUAAGAUACGAGGAUCUAGAGAGCAAUCCCGGCCACCCAUUCUCAGCUGGUGUUACACUAGAAAAACUCUUAGCCGUAACAGUUGAUGAGAAUGGAAAGGAGACUUUUAUUACUGGCGGAACUUUGGCUUCCAUCCAAAAGUCUGUUGAACUUGAUCGGCUUGCAUUAUAUCUUGAUUCUGACAUGUCUCCGUGGCAUAUUGACAAACCAUGGGAGGAUUUACUUCCUGUUGAGUGGGAUCAGAUUUUUAGAUUUGGCACCAAGGAUGGUAAGCCAGCUGAAGGCCUGGAGAGAAAGCAUUUUUAUAUUCUACAACCUGUCUCAGGGAAUGCUAAGUACAUUAAGUCUCAAGCAAAUGGAUCUUCCAAUACUGUUCAACCUGUGCAGAAGGCAUAUGUUAACUUAGACGAUGUAACACUUUGUUUAUCGAAGGGAGGAUACAGGGAUGUCAUGAAACUUGCUGAUAAUUUUGCUGCGUUUAAUCAGCGUUUGAAAUAUGCACAUUACCGUCCAUCUGUUUCAGUAAAAAGUGACCCAAAAUCUUGGUGGAAUUAUGCUUUCAGAGUUGUUUCCGAACAAAUUAAGAUAGCAAGCGGGAGAAUGUCAUGGGAGAACGUUUUAAAGUACACUAGUCUACGCAAGAGAUACAUCACGCAUUAUGCUUCGUUGCUGAAAUUGGAUUUCAGUAGGACAGUUGUUGAUGAUGAUAAAGAAAUCAACGCCCUUGAUCGGGAACUUGAUACCGAAGUCAUUUUGCAAUGGAGGAUGUUGGCGCACAAGUUUGUUGAGAGAUCGGUGCAAGCAGAUAAUUACUCGAAGGCGCAACAGCCUAAAAGUUCAUGGUGGCCGUUUGGAGGGAAGAGUCAAGUGUCUGAAGGUGAAGGAGAAUCUGUUCAAUUCACUGAUGAAGAUUGGGAACGGUUAAAUAAAGUCAUAGGGUACAAAGAAGGUCAGGAGCAAUCAAUUACAAACAAUGCAAAACCUGAUGCUCUCCAUACAUUCUUGGAGGUACAUAUGAGGCGUAAUGCUUCAAAACUUUAUGAUGGGGAGAAGGAAUGCCUUGCUGAGUUAUCAUGUGAAGAUCUUAAUUGCUCCAUUAAGCUUUUCCCCGAGACAAAGAUUGCCGACAUUAAAUUGGGGAGAUAUCGCUUGUCAUCGCCAAGUGGUCUACUUGCUGAGAGUGCCCCUGCCUCUCACUCUGUACUUGCUUCCUUCUGUUAUAAGCCUUUUGAUGCUAAAGUUGACUGGAGUCUUGUUGCAAAAGCUUCUCCGUGUUAUAUGACUUAUCUGAAGGACUCUAUUGAUGGAAUUGUCAACUUCUUCGAAAGCAGUACUGCUGUGAGCCAAACAAUAGCUUUAGAGACUGCAGCUGCUGUACAGUCAACUAUUGAUGAAGUUAGACGCACUGCUCAACAAGGAAUGACUAGAGCAUUGAAAGAUCAUGCAAGGUUUCUGCUCGACUUAGAUAUUGCAGCACCCAAAAUCACAAUUCCAACCGAAUUUCGUCCUGAUAACCAUCGUUCUACUAAGCUUCUUCUGGACUUAGGUAACCUGGUCAUCCGUUCCCAGGACGACUAUAAGCGUGAACUGUCAGAGGAAAUGGAUAUGUAUCUACAGUUUGAUUUAGUUUUGAGUGAUGUGUCCGCAUUACUUGUUGAUGGUGACUACUCCUGGAAACAGUUAUCCUCGAAAAGAUCUUCUGGUAAGGAAAGCACUGUUACUUUCUUGCCAGUUAUUGACAAGUGUGGGGUACUCUUAAAACUUCAACAGAUUCGUCGGCCAAACCCAUCGUACCCAUCAACCAGACUUGCCGUGCGGCUACCGUCACUAGGUUUUCACUUCUCACCGGCUCGAUACCAUAGGUUGAUGCAAGUUGCACAGAUCUUUCAAACUAAGGAUGAUGAGGGCUCUCACAUUAUUCGUCCAUGGGAAGAAGCUGAUUUUGAGGGUUGGUUGUCUUUACUUAGCUGGAAGGGCAGAGAAGCUACGUGGCAGCGGCGGUACUUAUGUUUAGUUGGUCCUUUUAUAUACGUGCUAGAAAGUCCUAACUCAAAAUCUUAUAAGCAGUAUACCAGCUUACGUGGGAAGCAUAUAUACAAAGUCCCUGUAGAACUCGCUGGAGGAGUAGAGCACGUCUUGUCCAUUCGCAAUGCUUCUCGAAUCAAUGAGAAGGUUAUGGAGGAUGUGAAUGCACUCAUAUUAAUGUUUGAUUCUGAAGAGUCUAGAAAAACUUGGCACAGCCGUUUGCAGGGCGCUGUCUACCGGGCCUCGGGUUCUGCCCCCAUAGCCGGUCUUUCUGAUACGUCGUCUGACAGUGAGGAAUCAGAAACAGAACAUAAAGAAGAUAUUUGGGAUUUGUCUAAGUUGGAGAGUGUAUAUGUAACUGGUGUGCUUGAUGAACUCAAAAUAUGUUUCAGUUACGGUCAUCAGGAAGAUGCUUCUUUCAUGGCGGUGCUUCUUGCAAGAGAGAGUAAACUGUUUGAGUUUAGGGCCAUAGGUGGAAAGGUUGAAGUCUCGCUGAGAGGGAGUGAUAUGUUUAUUGGGACUGUUCUAAAAUCUUUGGAAAUAGAAGAUUUGGUUAGCCGUUCUGGUUCAAAUGAGUCUUGUUAUUUAGCAAGAUCUUUUAUUCAGUCUGCAGUGGUGCUUCCAUCCUUUAAAGAUGCUGAGAUUAAGAACCCUGAAGGAAAUGAUCUUUCUUCUAGUGAAGGGGAGGAAAAAUUUUAUGAAGCACCAGAGAUCUUGGUUGACUCCGUUGACUAUACAUCUCUCAGGACCCCCAGUUUUCGUCGAAUGGAUGGAUUGCUCCCUGUCGACAACAGGAAUAUCACUAUGCCAAGCAGUGAGGGAAUUGAGUCUCUGGAUAGUUUUGUCAAGGCGCAAAUAGUCAUAUACCAUCAGACGUCACCUCAAUAUAAUAACAUUGAUAAUCAGGUGACCGUAAGCCUAGCGACAUUAUCAUUUUACUGCCGGAGGCCGACAAUUCUUGCUAUUUUGGAGUUUGUAAAUGCUAUCAAUGUUGAAGAUCCAAGCUGUGAAUCUUUUGAGGACAGCUCUCCUGUCGCUGGAGAGCAAAGUUCACCGAAAAGAAAUGGAUUUGAAGAUUCUAGGGAUGCAGCUGUCAAGGGUUUGUUAGGGAAGGGGAAAUCUAGAAUCAUUUUCAACUUGGCAUUGAACAUGGCUCGGGCUCAGAUAUUCCUGAUGAAUGAGAACGGAACUAAGUUUGCGACAUUGUCACAAGACAAUUUGCUAACAGAUAUUAAGGUCUUCCCGAACUCGUUCAGUAUUACAGCAAGUCUUGGAAAUUUACGAAUCAGUGAUGACAGCCUCCCAGACAACCAUAUGUACUUUUGGAUUUGUGAUAUGCGAGACCCUGGAGGAACUUCUUUUGUUGAGUUGGCAUUCACAUCAUUCAGUGUCAUUGAUGAAGAUCAUGAAGGUUUUGACUACUCCCUCUCUGGACAGCUUUCUGAAGUGCGCAUUGUUUAUCUGAAUCGCUUUAUUCAAGAGGUUGCUGAAUACUUUAUGGGGCUUGUGCCAAGCGAUUCGAAAGGGGUUGUCAAGAUGAAGGAUCAAAUUACGGACUCAGAGAAAUGGUUUACGACUAGCGAAAUUGAUGGAUCUCCUGCUCUUAAGUUGGAUCUAUCUCUUAAAAAGCCUAUAAUUCUUAUGCCUCGACAUACUGAGAGCCCUGAUUACCUGAAGCUUGAUGUUGUGCAUAUAACUGUUACCAAUACCUUUCAGUGGUUUGCUGGAGAUAAAAACGAGCUGAAUGCCGUUCACAUGGAAACUAUGAAAGUGAUGGUCAUGGAUAUCAACCUUAAUGUUGGUUCUGGAGCUGAAAUAGGUGAAAGCAUAAUUCAGGAUGUGAAUGGGGUUUCUGUAACUAUUAACAGGUCUCUGCGAGACUUGUUGCAUCAGAUACCGAGCAUUGAAGUGUCUAUCAUGAUAGACGAACUAAGAGCAGCCCUCUCGAAUAGGGAAUACCAGAUCUUGACAGAGUGUGCACAGUCUAAUAUUUCUGAGAUUCCACAUACUGUGCCACCAUUGAUUGGUGAUAUUGUGACAUCUUCAAGAAACUUAAAUGAAACUCUUACUUCUGAGGAUCCUAAUGCUGCUCAAACUGAAACAAGUGAUGCUUGGAUUUCAAUGAAGGUUUCUGUUGUCAUCAAUCUGGUGGAGUUGUGUUUGUAUGCUGGGACAGCAAGAGAUGCGCCUUUGGCUGCUGUACAGAUCUCUGGCGGCUGGCUUCUUUACAAAUCCAAUACACGCGAUGAGGGUUUCCUCACUGCAACGUUGAAGGGCUUCAGUGUUAAUGACAACCGCGAAGGGACUGAAAAAGAGUUUAGACUUGCUGUAGGAAGACCUGCAGAUUUAGAUUUUGGUGACUCACAUUCUUAUACUGAUGGAGAUCAGGGAUUAACUCACUCCCAUGUAACCAACGGGAGUGAUAUUAGGCCGCUUCCUUCGAUGCUCACUCUUGAUGCGCAGUUCGGUCAGUUGUCAACUUUUGUUUCCCUUUGUAUCCAAAGGCCACAGCUGCUUGUAGCUUUGGAUUUUCUACUGGCCGUAGUAGAGUUCUUUGUUCCUACUAUUGGCAGUGUGCUAUCAAGCGAAGAGGAUAAAAACCUUAAUAUGGUCGACGCAAUCAUCAUGGAUCAAUCUAUCUACAAGCAACAGACUGCUGAAGCGUUUCUUUCUCCUCUGGGUCCUUUAAUUGUGGAAGAUGAGAAAUUUGAUGAUUUUGUUUAUGAUGGUAAUGGUGGAACGUUAUACCUGAAAGAUAGACAUGGAUGCGUCCUUUCUUCUCCCAGUACAGAGCCUAUUAUUUAUGUGGGAAGUGGAAAAAAGUUGCAUUUCAGAAAUGUAGUCUUCAAGAAUGGCCAAGUUCUAGAUUCAUGCAUCUCUUUGGGAGCCUACAGCAGCUAUUCUGUUUCAAGAGAGGAAGGGGUUGAGUUGGAAGUAUAUCAUAAAUCCCCACAUCAAGACUCCGAGAGGAAGGAGGAUCCGGUGUCUCAAUCUCCUAGCAUCACAACCGAGAAGUCAACGGAAUUGAUCAUUGAGUUCCAGGCUAUCGGCCCAGAACUUACUUUCUACAACACAUCAAAAGACGUUGUUAAAACGCCAGUACUCUCCAACAAACUUUUGCAUGCUCAACUGGAUGCUUAUGGCAGGGUAAGCAUAAAGAAUGAUGAAAUUGAAAUGAAUGCUCAUACUUUGGGUCUGACCAUGGAGAGUAAUGGAGUGAAAAUUCUGGAACCGUUUGACACCUCUGUAAAGUAUUCAAGUGUUUCUGGGAAGACUAACAUACAACUUUCAGUUUCAAACAUAUUUAUGAACUUUUCGUUCAGCAUCUUGAGAUUGUUUAUAGCUGUCGAAGAAGACAUUUUAUCAUUUCUAAGGAUGACAUCCAGAAAAAUGACUGUCGUCUGCACAGAGUUUGAUAAAAUUGGGAUAAUCAGAAAUCCCUGUACAGAUCAAAAGUAUGCAUUCUGGAGACCCCAUCCGCCUCCUGGUUUCGCAAGUCUUGGCGACUAUUUGACACCAUUGGACAAGCCACCUACUAAAGGGGUUCUUGUUGUCAACACCAAUUUGAUGAGAGUGAAGAGGCCUUUAUCGUUCAGAUUGAUUUGGUCACCUUUAGCUUCCGGGGGAUUAGGUGAUCCUUCAACGGAUGACAGAGAUGAAAGAGAUAAUAUAUGUUCCAUUUGGUUCCCUGAAGCACCAAAAGGUUAUGUGGCGUUAAGCUGUGUGGUAUCAAGUGGAAGUACACCGCCUCCACUGGCCUCUGUCUUCUGCAUCCUAGCUUCUUCCGUCUCCCCUUGUUCUCUCAGAGAUUGUAUAGCAAUCAGCUCCACAGAUAUUUCUGCGUCAAGUUUAGCUUUUUGGCGAGUGAAUAAUUCUGUUGGAAGUUUUUUACCUGCGGAUCCGUCUACUCUCAACUUAUCAGGAAGACCAUACGAGCUACGUCAUAUAUUAUUUGGAUCCACUGGAGUUUUGCCAAAAGAAUCCAACUACGUGGAUGUUCGUACAACUGAUAAUGUUCAGGCUGUACAGCCACUGAAUUCUGUCAGAUCUGGUCAGCGAUUCGAAGCUGUUGCUUCCUUUCAGUUAAUAUGGUGGAAUAGGGGCUCUGGCUCGCAGAAGAAACUUUCAAUAUGGAGACCAAUUAUUACUGAAGGGAUGGCUUAUUUUGGGGACAUUGCUGUUAGUGGAUAUGAACCUCCAAACUCUUGUGUGGUUCUUCGUGAUAAUGGCGAGCAAGAUAUCCUUAAAGCCGCUGUUGAUUUCCAACUUGUUGGACGUGUCAAGAAACACAGGGGAGUAGAAAGUAUAUCUUUCUGGAUGCCUCAAGCCCCACCGGGUUUUGUUUCUUUGGGUUGUGUUGCAUAUAAAGGCUCAGCGAAACCAUACGAUUUAACCAAAUUAAAAUGUGUUCGUAGUGAUAUGGUAGCUGGUGAUCGUUUUGCUGAAGAUAGUUUAUGGGAUACCUCUGAUGUGUGGCAGAGGGUAGAACCGUUUAGUAUAUGGGGCAUAGGCAAUGAGUUGAAGACCUUUAUUGUCCGUACUGGUUUGAAAAAACCACCAAGGAGAUUUGCUUUAAAGCUUGCAGACCAAGAUUUGCCUGGGGGAAUUGAUAACAUGGUCAUUCAUGCAGAAAUUGGGACUUUUUCUGCUGCGCUUUUUGACGACUACGGCGGACUGAUGGUUCCAUUGGUUAACGUAUCUUUGAGUGAUAUAAGUUUCGGAUUACUUGGCAAAACCAACUUCACAAAGUCAACUAUCAACUUCUCCUUAGCGGCCAGGUCAUAUAAUGAUAAGUAUGAAGCGUGGGAACCUCUCAUCGAGCCUGCAGAUGGAUUCUUAAGGUACCAGUUCAACCCUAGAUCCUUUGGUGCGGUUUCUGAGUUACGUCUGACAUCUACAAAGGACUUGAAUGUGAAUUUCUCAGUUUCAAAUGCUAAUACAAUUAUUCAGGCGUACUCUAGUUGGAACAGCCUUAGCAACGUCCAUGAAUACCAUAAAGAGAGAGGAGCAUUUCCUCUAGCUGACAAUGGAAAAUCCGUCAUUGAGGUGCAUCAGAAGAAAACGUAUUUCAUAAUUCCACAAAACAAGCUUGGGCAGGAUAUAUAUAUUAGAGCCACUGAAAUCAAAGGAUUUAAGGAUAUUGUAAAGAUGCCAUCGGGGGACAUGAGACCUGUAAAAGUUCCCGUCUUGACCAAUAUGCUGGAUUCGCACCUCAGAGGAGAACUAUGCAGUAAUCCUAGAAUAAUGGUUACAGUUAUUGUGAUGGAUGCACAGCUUCCAAGAACGUCUGGAUUGUCUUCUCAUCAGUACACCGGAGUUGUACGUCUGUCUCCAAAUCAGGCCUCCCCAGCGGAGUCAGUGCUUCGCCAGCAAUGUGCACGUACCUGUGGAAGUGUUUCGAAUAUGUUUUCGUCUGAGCUGGAAGUCGUUGACUGGAGUGAAAUAUUUUUCUUCAAAAUUGACUCCCUGGAUGACUAUAACUUGGAAUUAAUUGUGACAGACAUCGGAAAUGGUGCACCUGUUGGCACUUUUUCAGCUCCGUUGAAGCAGAUAGCACGAUAUAUGAAGGACAACCUAUACCAGCAUAAUUAUGCCAAUGAUCUUGUCUGGUUAGACUUGUCCACAACUGAAACCAUGAACAUAGACCAAGGGGAUCAAAGAAAGAAGUGCGGAAAAAUAAGAUGCGCUGUAAUGUUACCAGCUAAAUCGAAAAUCUUGGACCAAAGCAAAUUCUCAAGUGAAAAAAAAUCUGGAUUUAUUCAAGUAAGUCCUAGCAUUGAGGGUCCUUGGACGACAGUGAGGCUGAAUUACGCUUCGCCUGCUGCUUGCUGGCGGUUGGGAAAUGAUGUUGUUGCAAGUGAAGUUAGUAUGGAGGAUGGAAACAGAUACGUAAAUGUCAGGUCUCUCGUUUCAGUGGAAAACAAUACUGAGUACCUUCUUGACCUCUGCCUGGAGGCCAAAGUCCGUUCAUUUCCAAAUAUAUCAAUUGGGUUGCUGAAACCUGGUGAUACAUUGCCGGUACCCUUAUCAGGAUUGACGCAGUCUGCUUCGUAUCUUCUGAAGCUGAAGUGUGUAAUGCCUGAUGGUUCUGAUGAAUAUUCUUGGAGUUCUGUGGUUUCAAGGUCUGGGGAACCAGAGGUUGCUAGUGAAUCAGAGUCUGGAAUAUGUAUAUCAGCCCUUACUGAAGCUGAGCACUUGCUAUGCUGUACCCAGAUAAGCAGUACUCCCGGAGAUAAUAAAACUUACUGGUUCUGUUUGAAAACUCAAGCAACCGAAAUUGCAAAGGAUAUACGUUCCGAUCCCAUUCAAGAUUGGACUCUUGUGGUCAAAUCACCGGUUUCUAUAGCAAAUUGUCUUCCAUUUGAAGCUGAAUACUCAGUGCUAGAGGAGCAAGCCGAUGGUCAUUUUAUUCGUCGAUGCAGAAAUGUCUUUCGUUCUGGGGAAACUGUGAAAGUGCAUACUGUCGAUUUAGGGAAGCCUUUAUACUUAAUUUUACUGCCACAAGGAUUAUGGCUACCAAUGCCUGAAGCUGUCCUUGUAUCUCACCCAAAUGCUGUCCCUGCGAAGACAAUAAACCUAAGAAGUUCCGCCACUGGAAGGGUUGCUCAAAUAAUACUGGAGCAAAAUUAUGAUGACCAGCAGAAAGUUUUGACGAAGAUGAUCAAAAUAUACGCUCCGUUCUGGUUUUCGAUUGCGAGGUGUCCUUCGCUUACACUUAGACUUCUAGAUCUGCCAGGGAAUAAGAAAACAAAAAAAUUUGGUCUUUCAUUUCGAAAUAAGAAAAAUGAUGAUGUAGUCCCGGAGGAGAUAACUGAAGAAGACAUAUAUGAAGGUCAUACAAUCGCUUCUACUUUGAAUUUCAAACUUCUGAGUCUUUCAGUGUCGAUAUCUCAACGUGGCAGUCAGCAAUAUGGUCCUGCAAAGGAUCUUUCUGCCCUUGGUGACAUGGAUGGAUCUUUGGAUGUGGAUGCGUAUGAUCCCGAUGGAAAAUGCAUGCGACUAUUUUUAUCUACAAAACCUUGCGGUUAUCAGUCAGUUCCUACAAAGAUCAUAUCUGUUCGACCAUUCAUGACUUUCACCAACAGGAUCGGUGAAGACAUAUUUAUUAAACUGAACAGUGAUGAUGAACCAAAAGUACUCAAUGCAUAUGAUUCGAGGGUCUCAUUUGUUUUCCAACCAAGUGGGAGAGAUGAACUCCAGGUUCGGUUAAGAGAAACAGGGUGGUCAUUUCCUGUUCAAGUUGCUCGAGAAGACACAAUCGUUCUUGUAUUAAGGAGUCAAGAUGGUGCUCGUAAAUUUUUGAAAGCAGAAAUAAGGGGAUUUGAAGAAGGGUCACGUUUUAUAGUUGUAUUUCGACUUGGCCCAAGCAAUGGUCCUAUGAGGGUUGAGAAUAGAACAACUGUCAAAAGAAUUAGUGUCCGCCAAUCUGGUUUUGGUGAAGAUUCGUGGGUUUUGUUGGAACCACUUACAACAGUAAAUUUUGCUUGGGAAGAUCCUUACGGUCAGAAAUUCUUGGAUGCUAAGGUUGAAAGCGAUCACCGUUCUGGGGUUUUCAGACUCGACAUGGAAAAGGGUGUUGUGGAUUCUGAAUUGUGUAGGGACUUAGGGGUGAACUUUCAUGUUAAAGAAAUUGGUGACAUCAAGAUUGCUAGAUUCACUGAUGAUGACAGUACUUCACAGAGUCCUCAUGAAAUCAUAUCUGUGUCAUCGGUUGGAAAUAAUAGAUAUUCUACUCCUCAGACACCUUCAGAACAAAAGACCACCACUCUGGAGUUCAUAAUUGAAAUGGGAGUAGUGGGGAUCUCUCUUGUAGAUCACGUGCCAAAAGAGUUGUCAUAUUUUUACCUUGAAAAAGUUUUCGUAUCUUACUCGACUGGGUAUGAUGAGGGAAGAACUAGCAGGUUCAAAGUCAUUCUGGGCCAUUUACAGAUUGAUAACCAGCUACCUCUAACUCUAAUGCCAGUACUAUUGGCACCAGAUAACACUGGAGAUAGUCAUCAACCAGUGCUUAAGAUGACAAUUACAAUGUGUAAUGAAGAAACUGAUGGCAUUCAAGUGUAUCCAUAUGUAUAUGUACGGGUGACGGAUAAUACGUGGCGAGUAAACAUUCACGAGCCUAUCAUUUGGGCUUCGGCUGACUUCUGCAAUAAGCUCCAGAUGGAUCGUCUCCCGAAAAGUUCUAGUGUCGCGCAAGUUGAUCCUGAGAUACAUAUAAACCUCAUAGAUGUUUCAGAAGUAAGACUAAAGGUCUCCUUGGAAACAGCGCCAGCUCAGAGGCCUCAUGGAAUUCUUGGUGUUUGGAGUCCGAUUUUGUCUGCUGUUGGAAAUGCAUUCAAGAUUCAGGUCCAUCUAAGGAGAGUAAUGCACAGAGAUCGGUUCAUACGGAAAAGUUCGAUACUUCCAGCCAUUGGGAAUCGCAUAUGGAGAGAUCUGAUCCACAAUCCCUUACAUUUGAUUUUCUCCGUAGAUGUCUUGGGUAUGACUAGCUCAACAUUGGCUUCCCUUAGUAGAGGAUUUGCGGCACUUUCAACUGAUGGUCAAUUCCUGCAACUAAGGGAAAGACAGGUUUGGUCGAGGCGGAUCACUGGUGUAGGUGAUGCUUUUGUUCAAGGAACAGAAGCCCUAGCACAAGGUGUUGCCUUCGGGGUAUCAGGAGUUGUUACGAAGCCUGUAGAGAGUGCCCGACAAAAUGGUAUCUUAGGGUUUGCCCAUGGGGUAGGACGGGCUUUCCUAGGAUUUUUCGUACAACCGAUGAGUGGUGCAUUAGAUUUUUUCUCAUUGACUGUUGAUGGAAUUGGAGCAAGUUGCACCCGAUGUUUGGAGGUUUUGAGCAAUAGGACCGCUUUGGAGAGAAUAAGAAAUCCCCGUGCAGUUCAUGCUGAUGGUAUACUCAGGGAAUAUGAUGAGAAGGAAGCUAUAGGCCAGAUGCUCCUGCACCUAGCAGAAGCAAGUCGACAUUUUGGCUGUACAGAGAUAUUCAGGGAACCCUCAAAAUUCGCUUUAUCUGACUGUUAUGAAGAACAUUUCCUUGUUCCAUACAAACGCAUUGUCAUCGUGACCAACAAGAGAGUUGUGUUAUUACAGUGCUCUGAUCUGGAUAAGAUGGAUAAGAAACCCAGCAAGAUUAUGUGGGAUGUGCCUUGGGAGGAACUUAUGGCGUUGGAAUUGGCAAAGGCAGGUGGCCAAAGGCCCUCGCAUCUCAUACUGCAUCUGAAGACUUUUCAGAAGUCAGAAAGCUUUGCUCAGGUUAUAAAGUGCAGCGUGUCAGAAGAAUCAGAUGUACUGGAACCCCAGGCUGUUCGAAUUUGUUCCGUAGUGCGCAAAAUGUGGAAAGCAUAUCAGUCUAACAUGAAAAAUCAUGUUCUCAAGGUUCCUUCAAGCCAGAGACAUGUGUAUUUUGCUUGGCAUGAGGCUGAUGGAAGAGACACGAAAUCGUACAGCAACAAGGCUAUUAUAAAAUCGAGAGAACUUUCUUCUUCCUCAAGUUCUGUCUCAGAUAAUAGAAAGUUUGUCAAACAUAGUAUCAAUUUCUCAAAAAUCUGGAGUAGUGAGCGAGAAUCCAAAGGUCGAUGUACUUUGUGCAAAAAGCAGGUUUCUGAAGAUGGAGGAGUGUGCACUAUUUGGAGACCCAGUUGUCCAGAGGGAUUUGUUUCAGUGGGAGAUGUAGCUCAUGUUGGUAGCCAUCCUCCAAACGUUGCUGCUGUGUACAAUAACACCGAGGGAGUGUUUGCACUUCCAGUGGGUUAUGACCUCGUGUGGAGGAACUGCCUAGAUGAUUACGUAAGUCCUGUAUCAAUCUGGCAUCCGCGGGCUCCUGAAGGAUUCGUAUCUCCUGGAUGUGUCGCAGUUGCUGGUUUCAAGGAGCCAGAGCCCAACACAGUUUAUUGCAUGCCGACGUCUCUGGCUGAGCAGACAGAGUUUGAGGAACAGAAAGUUUGGUCGUCUCCUGACUCGUAUCCGUGGGCAUGCCACAUAUACCAGGUUAGAAGUGACGCACUACACUUCAUGGCUCUGAGGCAGACCAAAGAAGAGUCUGAUUGGAGAGCUAUUAGAGUUCGAGAUGAUUACAGAUCCAUGGAAUCUGAAUCUGCUAGGAACUUGCGUAUAGAAUGAAUCUUUUCCUGAUUUCAUUUUGCUUUUGGUGAAAUGUUGCUUCGUGUAAAGACCUAGAAUUUGCAAAGAGAGAGUUUUCUAUGUUUUGGUGUGAGAGCUUAUAAGUUGAUCUGUAUAACAUUUGUGUAUGACAGAGUUAGGCAUUCUAAUAAUGAUCUCUGUACACUUUGCUUGGUUACAAAACCCAAAUCUUUGAGUUUCUUCUCAAAACAGAAAUGCUUCUUAUCUUUUACAGUUGAGUUUC